AUGGGUCACCAACAGAAGCAGCUCACCCUCCUCACCCACCCACCCUCGCACGACGAACCGCAUACGCUCGCGAACCGACCUUUCGGUAUCCCGAUCAAUCCAUCGUUUAGCAAGCCUGACAUCAGCUACCUGUAUCACGCAUCACUUCCACGUGUAUCAUCAUCAAUCCCAAUCAAAGUCGCCCGCGACAAACCCUCGGCCAAUCCCAGAAUCCCUUUCGUGCCUUGUCCACGAGAGACCGAUCAGCGAAAGCCCCGAACUAAAAAAAAAAAAAACCUGUUAACCCACCACACCUGCGCGUUGCUUGCACACACACCCCCAACCAAACCCUUGCUCAACGCCAAACAUCUACUUUGCGCAUCAUCAGCCAUGCCUUCGAAUCUACCAUCGAGUUUCGCCUCGGCCGCCGCCGGUCAGAACGCCAGUCGUGACGCGAGAGGCGGUCGCCACGAAGGACGUGGAGUAGGCAGCGGAGAAUGGGCUCGACGUGACGGCAGAGCUAACGGCACCCUGACCUUCCGACGAUCCUCGACGACGCCCGGCCACCCGUCUCAGUCCGCAGCCUCGUCCGAAAACGCCUACCCCGCGAAUCCCCUCGAAUCCGGUGUAGCCCCCCAGACGCCGGGCGCCGCGACGUACGACUACCCAGCCCCUUCACAGUACCAGAAGGAUUCGAUCCUGGGUGUGUUCAAGAUCGGCGCGGCGGAAACAGACGCCACCAACGUGUUUGAAUCGGGAUGGACUCCGGGUCAGGCAAAUGGGGCCGCUGCGCGGGGCUGGGGCAAGAGCAACAAUAACCACAACUCUCAAGACCCUGCCGCCUGUUGGAACUCCCGGGGCGAUGGUCAUCCGGUCAGCGUCAACGGCCUGUCUGAAGAGGAGAAGGAGGCGUUCUCAUCCGAUGUCAACUCUCCUCUGAAGCCGCCCCUUCAGAAACAGGAGGGGAAUCAAGGUCCCGGUCCGAAUGGACGGAAGGCUUCUCUGUCGCACGGUAGCGCCGCCGCGUACGGAUUGGCUUCGCCGUCGUCUGCCUCUAGACCUGGAACUCGACGCCGAGAGACGACGGAUUCCAAUCCUUUUGGCAGCGGUCCGCUUGCGUCCCCGAGCGCCACGCGGUUUUCUCGCGGCGACGAGGCCUUUUUGUUCGGUCGCAAGAACAAUGACGUCAAGGAGCAGGACCCCGGCGAGGACGACGGAGCCGGACAGUCGCAGAACCAGGGGCAGACCAAGCCACCUUAUGGGAACCUGACGCGUAGUAACACGACGGGCAAUCCUAGCAUGGGUGCCAACAUCAGCUCACUCUGGGGAGCCUCCUCUCAACCCUCUGCUGGCGUCGGCGGUAGCGGUGGCGGCAGCGGUGGUGGCGGUGGUGGUAGUGGUAGUGGCAUGGGCAGUUUUGGCCAGUUUGCUCUGCCGACUCCUACCUCGACAAUCGGCACAGGUAGUCGUGGUGGAAGUCGCUUCGCCAACCUCAUGACUAAGGACGGUACCGACAGCCCCGCCGGCAAGACGAACGAGGCUUCGACGCCCGACGCGACUCGAUCCUGGCGUUCCCGCCCGCGAACCGACACCGACCCCUUCGGAGGCGACGAUAACUUGUCUGGCAGCGCCGCACUCGGAGGAGCUCAAGACACCAGCCCUCCCCCGAUGCCCAACCCUAGCAAUAUUGGCAUGUUCGAGACGCCUGUCAAGGGCUCGACUGGCGACUUUGGCAUGUCCGGCCUCAACUUAGGACGCCAAGCCGAGAACGAGCAAGGCCCCACGAGCCCGUCCGAGACGAAUCCGUACCGCAGCCCUCCGGCCGAGCGUGGUGAUUCCCACGAUGAAGCCGGUAAUGAAAAAUCCCACGGUGCGGCCGUUGGUGGUGAGCAGAAUCCCGCGUUCAACGCCAUGUCGUCUCGUGGCUUCCCCACCCAUGCUUUUGACGGCAGCGAUCGCAGCCAGACCAGCAGCGUUGGCCCUAGAGGUUACGCUUCUGGUUGGCCCGUCCCUCUGUCCACAGGCACACCCGACCGCGAGCGCGCCGGCUUUGGUGGUGUCUUUGGCAACUCUCUGUUCAGUCCCAUGGGCACCGAGCUACAGUCGCCUGGCUUGUCGAGCAUUGGCGCCGGCGUCUUCGGUCCAGCCAGUGCUGGUGGCCUCGGCGGAGCCGGCACCAUAGGCCGCAGCAAGCUGGGCUCCCUCUUCCCUCCCGCCAUGCAGGCUCAGAUGCAGGGGAAUGAGCAGGAGAGCAUGAGCGAUUCCCUACCCGACCUUCGCCAAGGCAACCCUCUCGGCGCCAUAGGACGAGGCAACUUCGCCACUGUUCCGCGAGACACGGGUAGCCCGCUGCGCAGUGGCAGAGGCGGAGUGUUCGAGGAGAUGUUCCCCUCUGACCCAGCCCGCUCGCACAGCGUCUUUGGCGGAUCCGACCCCUCUCACCCCGGCCCCGCUGGUGUCGGUCACCCCCAGGCGUUUACCCCUGUAGCCUCGACCGGCGCCGAGUUUGGCUCGACUCCCGUUCGUCAAAUGGUUAUGCCGGACCGCAUGCGCUGGGUUUACCUUGAUCCCCAGGGUCACGUCCAGGGCCCCUUUAGCGGUCUGGAGAUGAACGACUGGUACAAGGCCAACUUCUUCACGCCUGACCUCCGCGUCAAAAAGGUCGAGGACUCGGACUUCGAGCCCCUGGGUCAACUCAUCCGGAGAAUCGGCAACUCGCGCGAGCCCUUCCUUGUCCCUCAGAUCGGCAUCGCUCACGGCCCUCCGUCCCAGGCCGGGCCCUUCUCCCCGAGCGGCAAUACUGGCGUCAUCCCCCCCCUGAGCGGAGUGUUCCCCAGCUUCGGCAGAACCUUGACCGCUGAGGAGCAGAACAACUUGGAGCGCAGGAAGCAGGAGGAACAGCAGGCGAUGGCCCAACAGCGGGAUUUUAUGAUGAGGCAGCAAGCCAUCACUAGACUGCAAAGUCAAGGCCCAGGUGGUGUCCCAGGUUCCCUGCACCACCAGCACAGCGCUCACAGCCUGCAGAGCCAACCUAGCUUCGGCAGCAUCUCGUCGCCCAUUGGUGCUCACCCUCAGCAGCAGCCCCCCAUCGGAGGUAGCGUUGGCCUCACGUCGGGCUUCUUCGACUCGGCCGCCCAGCAGGCCUCAUCGUCGACCCAGCCCCCUGUCGGUUCCGGACUCGAGCAUUUUCGUGAAGAGGACCUCGCCACGCUGAACCCGAGCGAGCGCCAGAUGCUUGCCAGCGUCCAGGCCCCGACCAGCAUCGCUGCCAUUCUCGGCCAGCAGCCUGUCGGCGCACCCGCCAACGACAACGGCAACCUUCGCAACAAUCUCCCGGGCACCGAGCAGCUGGACAAGGACGAGGAGGGCUUUCGUGAACGCCUCAAGGAGUUUGAGGAUAUUCGUGCCGAGCGCGACUCGGAGCAGAUCCAGGGCUCGGGUGCCAGGGCAGUAGCUCAAGAGGAUGUCAACCAAGAGGCGUCGGAUGCCGGCCCGGCCGCAGGCGCCAAGGAGCACCACAAGUCAUCGGCUCCUGGCAUCAAAGAAAUCAUGGAGGAAGAGCAGCAGCUGUCCCUGACUCAAAGGGUCCAGCAGGCACAGGCUGCUGCCGAGGCCGCCAAGAACGCUGCCGCCGGGCUUCCCAUGCCAUUCCCUCCCCCGCUUCCCACGGCCGGCACCCCUCUCCCAGCACCCACCGCGCAGCGUGUCCGCUCCAACCUGCCCGAGCAGUACAACCGAUCGCAGACGGGAACCCCCGACACGGGAUCGGCCACGGAGCCUCCCCCUCUGGCCCCGUGGGCCAAGGAGGCAGCUAGUCGCAAGGGCCCCAGCCUCAAGGAGAUCCAGGAGGCAGAAGCCCGUAAGGCGGCCAAGGCGGAGGAGCUCGCCGCCGAGCGCCGUCGUGUAGUUCUGGAGCAGGAAGCCGCGGCGCUCCGAGAACGCGAGAAGACGAUUGUCUCGGCGACCGGCCUUCCCACGACGAGCACCUGGGGCAACGGUUCGCCCGUCGCAGCCGCCAGCCCCUGGACCAAGCCGGCCGCUGCCAAACCUACGCCUGGCGCCAGCACCCCUGGAAAGCAGAAGACUCUCGCCGACAUCCAGCGUGAGGAAGAGAACAGGAAGGCUAAGGCCGCGAAGGAGGUUGCGAUUCAGACGGGACUGGCCACCGCGGCCGCCGGUAAGCGAUAUGCCGACCUCGCCAACAAGCCCAACAACGCGCCCGGCCUCGCGCAAGCCACCGCGACCGCUCCCCCUCCCGGCAGUGGCUGGGCCAUGGUCGGAGCCGGCGGCAAGGUCAAGGUGCCCACGGGACCUGCCGCGCAGACGCGAUCUGUCAGCACGACCGGUACCAAGGCUACUCCUGUUGUGACGAAGGCGGCUGUCAAGCCCGCCCCCGCCGUGGCGCCCACGGUGGUCGCAAAGAGCGAUGUUGCCAUGGACGAGUUCAACAAGUGGCUCCACCGCGAGCUGUCCCGUGGACUCACUGGUGUCGACAUCGACACGUUCGCUGCGACGCUCCAGAUCCUCCCGCUCGACAACACCAUCAUUGCCGACGCCGUGUACGCCAACUCCAAGACGAUGCACGGCCUUCACUUUGCCGAGGAGUUCAUCCGACGCAAGAAGUUGGCCGAGAAGGGCGUGAUCGAGAAGCAAGGGGCUGUUAGCGACAGCAAGUCUGGCAGCUGGAACGAGGUGGCCAAGAAGGGCGGCCACAAGGAGCAGCCUCCGGCGGGAGACGCGGGUAUCCAAGGCGCCGGCUUCAAGGUCGUGCCCACCCGCAAGAAGGCGGGCAAGAAGGGCAACUAGAGAGAGAUGAUGACGGAGCAUGGGUAGGGGUGGGAUUCGAUGGCCGAGACUACCUGAUGUUGCGAUUGCCAGCGGAACGACGAUUGUGAUCAUAUUGGGACAGCGAGGUUAUCUCUGUAUGGAUGUAUGACUAUCAUUCGGCUAUAGCGUCAUGAUUGCGCUGUGGCGGUAAGCGAUAGGUAGCAUAU